AUGGAAACACCUCUUAAAUUACUUGCAGCAGACCAUCUAUCAAUUGAUUUAUUAUAUCUGAAUACUAAUGAGCAACAAGAUUUGAAAAAUGUGCUUACCCUAUUAAAACCAAUUGAGGCUGCAAUGAAAUUACUUUCAGCAUCAUCAUACCCAACCAUAGGUGAUAUCCGUUUACAAAAAAUUGAAGAAUAUUGGACCAUAAUGGACAAACCUUCUGUUGUAUCUGCUGUUCUCGAUCUUCACACCAAAUUUAAAAUUUUUGGCAAAGAAGAAGCUGUUAAAAGUCUGAUCAAAACCACUCGAAAGUUUUUUUGGAAGUGGCAUAACAAAUCUGAUGUAACAGAAUCCUUGGUUCCUAACUAUACUAAUGGUAACUCUCUUGAAGAAUCAGCUAUUAAUAAUGAAUUAGAUUGUUAUAUUACAAUGGAAAUUAUUGAAGAUGAUACAAUCCU